UGUCGUAAAUAAACAGAGUCUCGCUCUGAAAAACCCUAAACCCUUGUAAGCAAAAAUCUGAACGAAGAAGAAAGCAGUAUGGGAAAAAUUCCUCCUUCAUUUCGAUCUGCACUCUCAAACCCUAAUUUGAUUCACCGUUCAUCUUCAUUGAUUCCUUCUUCUCCCAAACCCCAUCAUUUUCCUAACAAAACCCGAAAACCCCAUCAAAAACAACAACAAUCUCAAUCUCAAUCUCAAUCUCCAAAACCCGUUUCUGUAUUCAAAUCCCCAAAUCUCCAAGAAGCCAAAAGCAUCUUCAAUUCCUUCGUCAACAGUUCCAAUGCUCCUAUUGAUUCCCGUUUUCAUAAUUCCCUUCUUCAAUCCUACGCUUCAAUUUCCACCAUUAACGAUUCCAUUGCUUUUCUUCGUCAUAUGACAAAGACCCAUCCUUCAUUCUCACCUGAUAAAUCUACUUAUCAUAUCUUACUUACCCAUUGCUGCAAAUCAACUGAUUCCAAGUAUUCUACACUUUCCCUAAUUCAUCAAACCCUAAAUUUGAUGGUUUCUGAUGGGAUCAGUCCUGAUAAAGGUACUGUUGAUUUAGCUGUUAGGUCACUUUGUACUGCGGAUCGUGUUGACGAUGCUGUUGAAUUGAUCAAAGAGCUGUCUUCCAAGCAUUGUAGUCCUGAUAUUUACUCUUACAAUUUUCUUGUUAAGAAUUUAUGUAAGUCUCGCACUUUGAGUUUGGUUUAUGCUUUUAUUGAUGAAAUGCGUACUAAGUUUGAUGUCAAGCCUAAUCUUGUUACUUAUACUAUUUUGAUUGAUAAUGUCUGUAACACUAAGAAUUUGCGUGAGGCGACGAGGUUGGUGGAUAUUCUCGAAGAGGAAGGUUUUAAGCCUGAUUGUUUUCUUUAUAAUACCAUUAUGAAAGGUUAUUGUAUGCUGAGUAGAGGGAGUGAGGCCAUUGAGGUUUAUAAUCGAAUGAAGGAGAAGGGUGUGGAGCCUGAUCUUAUUACUUAUAAUACUUUGAUUUUUGGGUUAUCAAAAUCUGGUCGGGUUUCAGAAGCUAAGAAGUUAUUGCGUGUUAUGGCGGAAAAGGGUCAUUUCCCUGAUGAGGUAACUUAUACCUCUCUGAUGAAUGGGAUGUGCAGGAAAGGGGAGACCUUGGCUGCAUUGGCAUUGUUGGAAGAGAUGGAAAUGAAGGGCUGCAGUCCGAAUACGUGCACGUAUAACACGCUGCUUCAUGGGUUGUGUAAGUCUAGGAUGUUUGAUAAGGCCAUGGAAUUGUAUGGUGCGAUGAAAUCGGAUGGUCUGAAGCUUGAUAUGGCUUCUUAUGCUACGUUUGUCAGGGCACUGUGUAGUGUUGGUAGAGUUGCGGAUGCUUAUGAAGUGUUUGAUUAUGCAGUCGAAAGCAAGAGUUUGUCAGAUGUCGCUGCUUACUCUACAUUGGAAAGCACACUUAAAUGGUUCAAGAAAGCAAAAGAAGAAGGCCUUAAAUUUUAAUUGGUGGUUUGUGUUAGUGCUGCUGGCUAGGAUGUAAAAGUUAGUUUCAAAGGUUACAGGCCUAACUCAAUACGGUGCAUUCCAAAGCCACUGAUACAAUUUUAUUAGGUACUUGAUUACUGGUACACUUUUCCCAAAUUUUCUAUAAUAUUUGUUCCAGCAAAGCCCAUAAGCAGCAUUUUUAAUUUACCGAUAUUCAUUUCAAUGUCAUAAGCUGUACUUAUACCAUUGUAGUUCACUUUGUAUGGGGUAUGCAUAUUGAAAUGAAAUUACGAAUAAUUUUUCAAUCAUAGAGAAGGAAUGAUUGAGAUAUUAGGAGAAGAAGUGAGGAUACCGGCUCUUUGUGCUUGUGUUUUUCAUUUUUUGGUGCAUGACGGGGAGGGGGGAGGGAGGCAGUUCUAACCAGUUAUACUAUGUGUAUAAGAGUAAUCCCCUCUAUGUAAAGUACUAUUUUAUCAUUCUGGCAA